AUGUCAAUACCUCCUGUUAAGGGUACUAAUUAUUUAACAACAAAUAUAAUUCCUAUUCUUCAGCGCUACAAAAUAAGAACUGAUCCAACUACACUCCAAAUUAAAGGGAUUAAUUCUAAUUUUGAAAAAGGAACAAAAUAUCUUUUUGUUCAAGUUAGUGAUGGAACAACUUUUUGUUCAUGUUAUUUAGAUUGCUCUAAUUACCAAGAAAGAAAAAAUGUAAAUUUAAGUAUUCAUGAUCUUAUUGAAGUUGGUUCUGUCAGUUCUGAAAAAGUGUCUGGAAAAGAGCUUUUAACUCUUCAUGACUUUAAAAAAAAGGGUCAUUGCAAUCUGCUAGGAAAUCCUGUUCCUUUUGACCCUUUAAAACAUAAACCUGAUACAGGGAUGACAAAGAAACAAAAAGAAGUUCCUAACACAACAAAAAAGAGUACAUAUACUCCCCAAAAACAAAUAAAUAGUCCAAUUGAAAAAACAAUACCUAAAACGACAACAACAAACCAUCCAUAUUCUCCUACAUUUCAAACACCAUUUUCUGGGAUUCCUCAAGGUGAUGUCUCAACAAUAAGUAAUUCAGCUUCUAAUAAUCAUUUGACUAGAGACUAUAGAAUAAAAGGAAAUACACCACCAACUGAAGGCUCUUUUCAAGAGGUUAUUGACCAAUUAAGAGAUCAAUUAAAAAUGAAAGAAGAAGAAAUAGCUUAUACAAAAAAUAAAAUUAUGUGGUACAAUGAUAUGUUAAAUAUUCAAGACCAACGUUACAAGGAAUUAGAAAAUAAUUUAGAGUAUGAAAGAAAAAGAACAAAAUCCGCUAACGAAAAUGAAAGUCAAAGUAAGAAAGAAUUGGCAAAAAUGAGUUCAGUGUUAAAAAGGUAUCAAGAAGAAAAUACACAACUAAGAAAUUUACUUCAAGACAACGAUAGAAAAAUUCAACAUAUUGAAAGUUAUAAUAGUCAAUUAAAAGAAGAAAUUCAAACCAAAGAAGAAAAGAUUAAACAAUUAGAAGAAACUUUAAAUGACAGAAAAAUGAUAAUAGAAGGUACCUUUGAUUUAAAUUAA